AUGGCCGGUCCUAGCAAGUCCCUGGUCCUCGACCCGGCCCUGCAGAAAUACUACGAACUCAAUGCAAACCGCUACAAGUACUUCCGCUGGACACCCCGCCAUGCCUGGAUUGCGUUUAUCUAUGUCGGCGUGAUCCCUGCCACCCUGGGGUACAUCGCUUACAAGACCGAUGGUAAAUACGAUCUCCGCGGGAAGAGGAAAGGCGAUACCAUUGCGGAAUGGUAA